AUGGUGUCGCUCUGGCCAUGGAGGAAUGACUCCUCCUCCACAGCCUCGUUUGAGAAGACGCUGUCUGCCCUCUCCACCAAAAUCAAGGAAACCCAAUCCCGACUCGACCGAGUCCGCGCAUCCUCCCGUCGAUCCAAGGUCCUCAGCACCCUCUAUCUCGCCUUCGCCUACCUCGUAUAUGCGAUCGUGCUUCUCCUCGUCGUCGGCCACAGAAAUAUGGGCGCCUACGAAUGGACCGGCCUCGCUGGCGGCCCCGUCAUAAUCUACGGCGUGAGAAUAACCCUAGCCUCAUACUUCUCGUUCCGCAUCGACGGCCUCGAGUCCCGACUGAAGGAGUACCAAGAGGAGCGCACGGAAACGAUCCAGAAACUCAAGGACGCAACCAAGUACGACUCCACCAUGGAACUCAUCGAGAAGUACGGCGGCGUCGAGGGCAAGCCCGGCCAGAGCAAGAAGAAGGCCGGCCCCGCAGACCCAGCAAGCCCAAACUCCGGACCCGAGGGCGAGAAGCAGGCCGACGGCGAGCGCAAGGGCAACACCCCAGGCCGCACCUCCUUGCCCCCUCCUCCAACCGCCAACAUCCAGCGCCGACCCGUCACCCCCAACCAGUCCGGUAACCUGGAGCCAACGGCCGAGUUCGCCCCCAACGCGGAGCACCUACCUCAGUCGCCCCCCUCGCCCUACCAGAUCUACCCCCAGCAGUACCCUUCGUUCCAGCAGCCAGAGUCCCACUGGUACGAUCGCAUCUUCGACGUCCUCCUGGGCGAGGACGAAACCGCCCCAAAGAACCGCAUCGUCCUGCUGUGCGCCCACUGCCGGCUCGUCAACGGGCAGGCGCCCCCGGGUGUCAAGUCCCUUUCCGAAAUCGGUCGCUGGCGCUGCAUGGGCUGCAACAGGGAGAACGGCGAGGUCGAGGACGAGGGGACCCGCAUCGUGCGGGAGGUCCUCGACGAGCAGGCCGAGGCAAUCAAAGCCGGCCAGGACGACGAUGGCAAAUCGUCGAUUGUCAGCGAGUCCGACAGCCCGGCGGCGUCUGUCAAGAAGCGACGGGGAGGGAGAAAGUAG